UUAAAUGCUCUUUAUGCAGGGAGUACCAAACCUAGUUACAAUACACAGAGUAGUUUCCAUGUUGGAAAUAAUAAUUUAGGUGGUGGUGGUUAUGGUUAUCAACAAGCUGGAAACACUAACUCACCUAACAAUACUGGUUAUAACUCCAAUUCACAAAGAAGCAAGAGGAACUAUGCCUUGCAAUGUGAGGUUUGUAAGCUGAAAGGACACACCAAGGAGACUUGUUAUAAAGUGGUUAGAUAUCUCCCAGGUCAUCCUAAGUUUAGGAAGAAAUAUGGAGGAACAAGAAUGGCAAAUGCAGUUGACUGUGAUGAUUCUUAACAAAGAAAAGGCCAUAAAAGAACCAGCAGUUAACAUGGCAGGUGCAGCUAAUAUGGCAGGUACAAAUGACAUAGCAGACCUAUCCACUGGGCAAGUGAAGGAGAUUGGUAAAGAAACAGGAGGUCUCUACAUAUUGUUGGAUCACACCAAUAAUCAUAGCCCAAAUAAAGAACCAAAUCUGAUGGUUGUUGCUCUAUACAAUGCUGGAGAAUAUCUACUGUGGAAUAAGAGACUAGAACAUCCAUCAAUAAAUGUUCUCAGGAAAAUGUCAUUAGCACUGGAAGGAAAGGACAACAUCAUCAAGGAUGAAUGCACAGUAUGACCCCUAGCAAAAUAGACUAGGUUGCCUUUUCCCUUGAGUUGUACUAAAAGUAGUAGUGUCUUUGAUAUGGUACAUCUAGAUGUAUGGGGUCCUUACAGAACAGUUACUCACAAUGGUUUUAGGUACUUUCUGACACUAGUUGAUGAUUAUAAUAGGAUGACAUAGUUGUAUUUGUUGAGAUUAAAGUCUGAUGUUGUCACUGUACUCAAGAAGUU